AUGAAAGAUGAUGAAACCAUUGUUGAGAUCUUUUCAAAGAUGGUGACUUUGACAAAUGAGAUGAAGUUAUAUAGAGAAAAUACCUCUGAAUUGCAGAAGUUGGAUAAGGUGUUUAGGGUUAUUCUAGUCAAGUUUGACCAUAUUGUGGUGGCAAUUGAAGAAUCUAAAGACUUGUCAGAGAUGAAGCUUGAAGAAUUACAAGCAUCUCUUGAGGAACAUGAGAUGAGACUGAAGCAAAGAGAUUUGAAAAAAGUGUCUGAACAGGAAUUGCAAGAAAGUUUCUUCAAGAAGAUGAAAGAAAGCUCCUCAAACAACAACAAAGUGAAAGUAAAAUGGAAUAAGAAGUUAAAUGGCAAUGUUGAUGUUGGUAAGGCUUCAAGAAGGCAAGAUAAAACUAGCAAGAAUUGUGCAAAUCAACAUCAGAAAGUCAAGAAGGUUGAAAUGAAGGAGGUUCAAUGUUAUUGUUGUCAGAAAUUUGGUCAUUAUGUUCGAGACUACUACUACAACGAGAAUAAUGAUGAGGACAAGGGUGUGGCUCAAUUUGCUCAUGAUGGUAGCAAUGAAUCUGAAGAUGUUAUCUUGAUGGUUCCAACACAUUUGGCUUCAAAGAAAGCAAAUGUGUGGUACCUUGAUACAUGUUGCAGCAAUCAUAUGACAGGAAACAAGAACUAG